AUGGCUUUACCCUCAUUGUUUUCUCAUAUUCCACUUCUGAUUGUUCUAUACAGUUCCCUCUUUACGUGUUCAUCUUCUAUUUCUUCGCCUGCGCAUGCUAUUCCCAAAGGCUCAUCGAUAUCUGUUGAUCGCAAAAACGAUAAUCUGGUUUCUCCUAACAGCCUUUUCACUGCGGGAUUUUACGAGGUGGGAAUCAACGCUUAUUGUUUUUCGAUUUGGUUGAUCGAGCCUCAGUCGCAAAACGUGAAUCCCACAGUAGUUUGGAUGGCAAACCGAGACGCGCCAGUAAAUGGAAAGCACUCUAAGCUUUUCCUCCACGACAAUGGUAAUCUUGUUUUACACGAUGCUGACCAGUCUAUUGUUUGGUCAACAGAAACCAAAUCUGCUAGUGAUUCACUCACUUUACAACUUGAAGACACCGGAAAUCUAGUUCUACGCCAGCUAGAUGGAGAUCAAAACCUGCUUUGGCAAAGCUUUGAUCAUCCAACUGAUACGCUUUUACCUGAUCAAGUCUUCACCAAAAACUCUGAGCUGGUUUCUUCAAGAAGUACAUCCAAUUUUUCUUCUGGAUUCUUUAAGCUCUAUUUUCAGACCAACAACGUUCUUAGUCUUCUCUACAAAAAUCCCGAAAUAACGAGUGUUUACUGGCCUAAACCAUAUUCGGUACCUUGGAAAGCCAAGAGAUACACUUAUAAUAACAGUAGAAUUGCGAAACUGAAUUCUCAAGGCCAUUUCAAGUCAUCUGACGAUUUCCAUUUCUUUGUCUCGGAUUUUGGCAUGCGACGCCACAGAAUAAUGAAGCUUGACUCUGAUGGAAAUAUUAGGGUUUAUAGUCUUGUAGAUCAAAAAGAAGGAAAGAAGUGGGAGGUUCAGUGGCAAGCUUUCUCCAAUCCUUGCAAGAUUCAUGGCGUAUGUGGACCAAAUUGUGUGUGUACUUACUCUCAAGAAACUGGUAGGAAAUGUGUCUGUGUACAUGGGUAUACGAAGAAGAAUCAGACCGAUUGGACCAAUGGUUGUGCACCAAAAUUCAAACCUUGCAAACAGGUUUCAGAAGAUUAUGUAGAGCUUCCAUUUUUGAAGUUUUAUGGUUUCGAAAUCAGGUAUCUUGAGAAUAGGACUCUUGACGCUUGCAAACAAGUUUGCUUGAAAGACUGUAACUGCAAAGGGUUCCAAUACAAAUAUUUCACCGAUAAAGGUUACUAUAGUUGUUUCUUGAAGAAUGUGUUAUACAAUGGAUAUCAAUUAGCAUUCAGGAGUUCAAUGUAUAUUAAGCUACCAAAAGAUUUGGUAUCAUCAGUUCAACAAACAUUCGUCAACGGAUCCAGCUUAAGUUGUCCAGAGAAUCAAAUCAUGUCUAUUCAAAGGUCUUAUGAUAGAAAACAUGGAAAUAGUUCUUUGGAAAUCUUGUUAUGGUUUGGGUAUGGAAUCGGACUCCUUGAGUUCGUAUUUGUACUCAUUUUCUUUUGUAUCACUCUCAAAGACUCGUCUACAACAAGUUACUUCCAGAUAGCAUCAGGGAUUAAAAGAUUCACAUUCGCUGAGUUGAAAACCGCAACAAGGAACUUCAAAGAAGAGAUAGGUAAAGGGGGUUCAGGUGUCGUCUACAAAGGAAAACUGUCGGAUGACAGACCCGUAGGAAUAAAGAUGCUCAAGGAAGUUUAUAUUCACCAGGGAGAAGUUGAGUUUCAAGCAGAACUAAGCACAAUUGGGAGGCUCAAUCACAUGAAUCUGAUAGAGACAUUGGGGUAUUGCAUUGAAGGGAAACAUAGGCUUGUGGUUUCUGAGUAUAUGGAGAAUGGGUCGUUGGCAACAUGCCUAAACUCCAACAAACUUGAUUGGGGGAAGAAGCUAGAAAUAGCAAUUGGUAUUGCAAAAGGGCUGGCUUAUUUACACGAAGAGUGCUUGGAAUGGGUUUUGCAUUGUGAUGUCAAACCCUAUAACAUUUUGCUGGAUGCUAAUUAUUGUCCAAAGGUGGCGGAUUUUGGGUUGUCUAAGCUGUUUGAUAGAGGUUCGAUCGAAAAUCCAAGCUUUUCGAAGGUUCGAGGUACACGUGGUUACAUGGCUCCAGAAUGGGUUUUUAAUCUUCCGAUUACCUCAAAGGUUGAUGUCUACAGUUAUGGGGUGGUGGUACUGGAGAUGAUAACUGGAAAGAGCCCAUUGCAACUUGGUGAUGGCAGUCAUGGUGGAGAGCAAACGUUGGUCGAGUGGGUGAGGCAGAAGAUUUAUGAAUAUAUUAGGAGCGAGAAUGGAACUUGGAUUGAGGAAAUUGUUGAUGGUAGGACUAGUGGUGAAUACGAUAUGAGAGUGUUAAUUAAUCUGUUAAAAGUUGCUUUACAAUGUGCUCAAGAAGACAAGGAUGCGAGACCUUCAAUGAGCCACGUGGUCAAUAUCAUUCUCAACCCAAGGGUUGAUGAUUUGUCAAACUUAUUUUAG